GUGAAUAGCACCAGUCUCGCGGUAACAUCGACCGCGGUUGGUCGCAUGCGUGCGUCUCCUUAUCACGUUAUUGUCGGUGUUUAGUUGUACCAUAAAAUUACAAUAAAACGGUGAAAUUGAACAAAAAACUAACACAAUGGAUCCCGAAUCAUUUUUAGACCUGGCCAAUCAGGUCAUAAAGUUGAAAAUGUAUCCAUAUUUCGACAUAGCGCAUUCGUUGCUGUGCGCUCUUGCAGUCAGAGAAGAUUUGGGAUCCGGUGCCCAGGCCUUUUCCAGGAAGCAUCCACUAUCAUGCUGGCUGUCCACUAUGCUAGUGAUAUUCGCCGGUGGUAUGGUAGCCAAUGGUCUUCUCGGCGAACCUAUUUUGGCGCCGUUGAAGAAUACACCCCAAUUAGUCAUCGGAACUGUUACAUGGUACUUAGUUUUCUACACGCCUUUCGAUGUAGGCUACAAGGUAGCGAAGUUCCUGCCGGUGAAGGUGGUGGCGGCUGCGAUGAAAGAAAUAUACAGAGCCAAGAAAGUUUACGAUGGAGUCAGCCACGCAGCCAAACUGUACCCUAACGCUUACGUCAUUAUGGUCAUUGUUGGUACGUUGAAAGGUAACGGUGCCGGCUUCACGAAAUUAGUCGAGAGGCUUAUCCGGGGCGCUUGGACCCCGACUGCGAUGGAAACCAUGCAACCCAGCUUCUACACAAAGGCUUCGCUGGUAGCUUCCGUGAUCUUCGUAUUGGAUAAGAAGACGGAUUUGAUCUCUGCUCCCCACGCACUCGUCUACUUCGGUAUCGUUAUCUUCUUUGUUUACUUUAAGCUCUCCUCCAUUCUUUUGGGCAUCCACGAUCCCUUCGUGCCAUUUGAGAAUCUGUUUUGCGCUUUAUUCAUGGGCGGCAUUUGGGAUUCUCUGGCAAAGUUGCUCGGCAAAGGACAACCCAAGGAGGAGACUAAGGACACCAAGAAAAUCAACUAGUAAUCACGAAUUAUCAGAUACGUUAACGUCGCGCAACCAACUGACACCGACAAUAUAAAUGCGACGCUACAUCACAAGUAUUAUAAACAGAAAAAAAAAA